AGUUGUCUGUAAUAUAACCAUUAUAAAUACGUCAAAAAUGAGCUGGCGUUUAGGUUAAGUUUUUAAAACCACUGAUUUUUCAGAUAAUCGUACGCAUUAAGCGAUUUAAUUAAACGAUGUGGUCGUUCUUUUCGAGAGACCCGUCGAAAGAUUUCAACUUUGAAAUCGGCGAACAGGUCGACGGGAUCCAAGAAAAGAGUGUUUGGACAUUGCAUAAGGGUAAAAAGAAGGGUACUUCCGAAGAAGUUUCUGUAUUUGUUUUUGAUAUUAAAAAUAGUUCAGAAGUGUCACUUGAUAUUGCCAAAGCAGCAGUGAAGAGAUUAAAAACAUUGCGCCAUCCUAGUGUGUUAACUUACUUAGAUAGUUUCGAGUCUGAUAAGGUCUUGUAUCUUGCUGCUGAAUAUGUUGAACCUUUGUCAUAUCAUAUAGAAAAAUUGUCUUUGGAUGGAGCUCAGAAAGAACUUUAUAUUGCUUGGGGAAUUUUCCAAAUAACUAGAGCUUUAUCUUUUUUAAAUAAUGAUGGUAGUUUAAGACAUAAUAACGUUAAUAUUUGGUCAGUUUUUGUUAAUGGUUCGGGAGAAUGGAAAUUGGGGGGUGUUGAAUACGUUAGUAGUACUCAAGAUAAUAAUAUGAUACCUAUUAAGAUACUACCUUCUUUGGAGAUAUAUGAUCCGCCUGAGAAAAAUGAUCCAACAAAAUCAAGGCAAAUGACUAAGUGUUCUAGUGAUAUGUGGGGUUUAGGUUGUUUAAUAUGGGAAGUGUUUAAUGGUCCUUUAUAUCAACAAUCAACUCUUAAAAUGUUAGAUAAAAUACCUAAACAAUUAGGGCCACUAUAUUGUGAAUUAGUAGGUGCUAAUCCAUCUUCUAGACCAAAUCCAGCCGAUAUAAUCACAAGGUGUCGCAAAAUGAACGGUUAUUUCAAAAAUGACUUAGUAGACACUUUACUAUUUCUGGAAGAAAUUCAAAUUAAAGAUAAAAAUGAGAAAAAUCGUUUUUUCUCCAACUUAACACCACAUUUAGAUAACUUUCCCGAUAGCGUUUGUAAACACAAAAUACUUCCUCAAUUAAUAACAGCUUUCGAAUAUGGAGAUGCUGGUUCUGCUGUUUUAGCUCCAAUGUUUAAACUGGGGCGUCUGCUUGACGAAAAUGAGUAUCAAAAGAAAAUUGUACCAUGUGUUGUUAAAUUAUUUGGAAGCAACGAUCGUGCCACGCGAUCAAGAUUACUUCAACAAUUGGAAUUUUUUAUUGGCCAUCUUCAAGCUAGCACUGUCAAUGAUCAGAUAUUCCCGCAAGUUGCUCACGGGUUUAUGGAUACAAAUCCCACGAUCCGUGAACAGACUGUUAAAUCUGUGAUACAUUUAGCACCUAAGUUAAAUUAUAACAAUUUAAAUGUCGAAGUUUUAAGGCAUUUCGCCCGAUUACAAGCUAAAGAUGAUCAAGGUGGGAUUCGGACAAAUACUACCGUCUGUUUGGGGAAAAUUGCUCAACAUUUACAUCCUCAGAUACGACAAAAAGUUUUAAUAUCAGCUUUUAUUAGAGCUAUGAGGGAUCCUUUUCCACCGGCGAGAAAUGCAGGUAUUUUAGCUUUAGCUGCAACCCAACAAUAUUAUCUAUUAAAUGAGGUCUCAACAAGAAUAUUACCCGCUUUAUGCCAACUUACAAUGGACCCAGAAAAAUCGGUUAGAGAUUCAGUGUUUCGUACAAUUAAAGGGUUUUUGGGUAAAUUAGAAAAGGUAUCUGAGGAUCCAAGUUUAAGGGAAAGUAUGGAAGCAGAUGUUAACACAGCAACUCCAAGCCUAGGAAACGCAGCGGCAACUUGGGCGGGAUGGGCCGUAACGGCGGUUACUGCCAAAUUCUACAGAAGCCAAUCGGAUACGGACAGAAGGUCACAUCCAAUUGUUAGCAAAAUAUUGAAUAAACCCGCUUCCUUAGAACAACCUUCCAGUAGUAGUAUUUCAACAACAACAUCCAGCGUAACCUCAAUGACUUCCUUAGAACAUGAAGAUGGUAGCAGAGGAAAUGAUUCAGUAUCAGACUAUGAUUACGAUCAAUGGGGUGAUAAUGAUAAUUGGGGAGACAUGGAGACUGGUGGACAAAUGGCUAGUAGCAGUGGUAGUGGUGGAAUUUGCGCUUCAAGUGAUCCAACAAGUCCGCCUUCAGCAUCAAAUACAAAUCGUGUAACGGACGGUUGGGAUAACGAAGAAUGGGGUAGUUUAGAAGAAGAACUCGUGAGUAACGAACCAGAUUCCGAAUUAACAUCACCCGGUGACGGAUGGAACCGCGAAGAAGUUAUUGACCAAAAAAAUCAUUCUCCAACAUGGGGUGGGGAAGCACAAGGAAUGACAAACCGAAAAUUACAAAGCUGGAACGAUACCGAAUUUGAACCGCUCGAAGAAACUCCUGGAGCUAAUAACAAAUUGGAAGAAGCAAGGAAAAAACGAGAAGAAAGGAAAUUAAUGAGACAAAAAGAAUUGGAAGCGAGAAGGGCGAGUAGAGGAUCUACGGGUGGACCAAUGAAAUUGGGGGCAAAAAAGAUGUGAAAGAAAUAAAUGAAUUUAAUGUAAAUGUGUUCCAGAAAAAAAUUAAUAAUAAACGAUGCACCAAAAUUUGUUACAUAUCCCCCCGUAAUUAAACGUGAUUUUGAUGGGAAUCGGGAAUUGAUAGAAAAAAAUUUUGCCGGCCUAAGCAAUCAAAAAAAAUUUUAUGAAACGAUAUUCAAGCACCGAUUCAAGUCGUGACAUACUCGAAGUUUUAUAAAAGACUGAUAUUCGAAAAAAGAAAAUUAAAUAAAUAUUGUGUAUAAAUAUUAAUAUCUUUAUAUCUGUAGUUGUAAGCAUAUUUUACAUCUUAUUUGUACUAUAAUCACAUUUACGCCAAGUGUUUCAAAAUAUGGUUAAAAAGUAACUUCAUUUAACAUCUUAGAAUUUUGUUGUAUGCUAAAAGAGUUAAAACCGUAACCAUACUAACCAAGAGCAGAUCAUUUUUUCUUUUUUAAGCUAUACUUAUGAAACAAGGUAUCUAGUAAAUAACGUCAAAUCAUUGCUGCUUUUUGUUAAUUGAGCGUUUUUGCUAAUUGUACGAAUUGAAUGAUUAAUUUUCAUUGUAAAUAUGUAUCAUUUUUGUAUAAGUAUUUUUUAAUGUGUCUAUUGUAUCUUUCACUAAUUUGAGAUUUUAAUAACAAAUAAAUACAUUUAUAAAUUAA